CCUGCUAGCAUUUCAGUCCAGAAGUUAAGGAGUGUGAAACUGAAGACUUCCUUGAAUUUAUUUUGUAACAGUCGACAUUUAGGCAAGACGGGAAACAAUGCUUCGGGUAAUUGUGGAAUCUGCUACCAAUAUCCCUAAAACCAAGUUUGGGAAACCAGAUCCUAUCGUUUCUGUUAUUUUUAAAGAUGAAAAAAAGAAAACAAAGAAAAUUGACAGUGAACUUAAUCCUGUUUGGAAUGAGAUUCUUGAAUUUGACUUGAAAGGAAUUGCUCUGGAUAAUUCAUCUUCCCUAACAAUUAUCGUGAAGGAUUUUGAAACAAUUGGACAAAACAAAUUAAUUGGCAGUGCAUCCAUCGCACUUAAGGAUCUUGUAGGUAAUCAAAGCAGAUCUUCUCCCUUCAAGCUCAUACCUCUACUAAAUGAAAGGGGACAAGAAAUUGGAGCAACAAUUGAUUUGGUAGUAGGAUAUGAGCCACCAGCUGGACCCGUAAAUCCAAAUGAUCCAGGAGGGACCAAUACUCAGGAAGAUGGAGAAGAUGAUGGAGAUUAUGAGGAUAUAUUGGAUGGCCCAGUUGGUGGUAUCACACCAGCAGUUCCAAGUGGCACGAAGGAAGCCCAGCUGGCUAAACGCAUCACCAAAGGAAAGAAAACGCGGAGAAUCCUUUCUAACAAACCACAAGAUUUCCAGAUUCGUGUUAGAGUCAUUAAAGGUCGCCAGUUGCCUGGAAAUAACAUAAAACCAGUAGUCAAAGUUCAUGUUUGUGGUCAGACACACCGGACAAGAAUCAAAAGAGGAAAUAACCCAUAUUUUGAUGAAAUAUUUUUCUACAAUGUCCACAUGACUCCUUUAGAGUUGCUUGAUGAAACAGUUAGUAUUCGGGUGUAUGAUUCUUACUCUUUACGAGCAGACUGUCUAAUGGGUGAAUUUAAGAUUGACAUUGGCUAUGUUUAUGAUGAGCCUGGCCAUGCAGUCAUGAGAAAAUGGCUUUUGCUAAAUGAUCCUGAAGAUACAAAUUCAGGACCCAAAGGCUAUAUGAAAGUCAGCAUAUUUGUCCUGGGAACUGGAGAUGAGCCACCAGUUGAAAAAAGAGAGAGAGAUAAUGAAAGCGAUGAUGUGGAGAGCAAUCUGUUAUUACCUGCUGGCAUUGCACUUCGUUGGGUCACUUUCCUUCUCAAAAUCUACAGAGCUGAGGACAUUCCCCAGAUGGAUGAUGCUUUUGCACAGACUGUCAAGGAAAUAUUUGGAGGAGAAGCAGACAAGAAAAACCUGGUGGAUCCAUUUGUAGAAGUUUCUUUUGCUGGGAAAAAGGUUUGCACAAAUAUAAUUGAGAAAAAUGCCAAUCCAGAGUGGAAUCAAAUUAUUUCUCUUCAAAUCAAGUUUCCUUCAAUGUGUGAGAGAAUAAAACUUUCAGUUAUUGACUGGGAUCGUCUUACAAAAAAUGAUGUGGUGGGAACAACAUAUUUAAGCCUCUCAAAAAUUGCUGCUUCUGGAGGAGAGGUUGGAGAAUUUUCAUCUUCAGGAACAGGGGCUUCAUCAUAUGAAGUAAACACUGGAGACACUGAAGUUGGCUUUUUACCAACAUUUGGGCCUUGUUACCUAAACUUUUAUGGAAGUCCAAGAGAAUACACUGGAUUCCCAGACCCAUAUGAUGAAUUAAACUUUGGAAAGGGAGAAGGAGUUGCUUACAGAGGGAGAAUUCUGGUCGAACUGUCUACAGUACCUGAAAGCAAGCCUGUUAAUAAAAAGUUAGAGAUGAUUCCUAAUGAUGACUUGCUGGUUGUUGAGAAAUACCAGCGCAGACGGAAGUUCUGCUUGGCUGCUGUGUUUCAUUCUGCUACCAUGCUGCAAGACACUGGAGAGCCUAUUCAGUUCGAAGUUAGCAUUGGUAACUACGGCAAUAAGUUUGAUACCACCUGUAAACCUUUGGCAUCGACAACCCAGUACAGUAGUGCUGUUUUUGAUGGUAAUUAUUAUUACUACUUGCCAUGGGCAAACACAAAGCCAGUUGUAACACUGACUUCGUUUUGGGAGGACAUAAGUCAUAGAUUAGACGCCGUGAAUGUACUCCUAAACAUGGCUGAAAGACUGCAAUCCAACUUAGCCACCUUAAAAUCAGGAAUGCAGGCUAAAAUUUCUGAAAACCAAUUAGCUGAGAUGUGGUUGAAGCUGAUUGAUGAACUUACAGAAGAUAUAAGUAAACCAUUUCCCCUCAUAGAAGGCAAAUCUAAUAUUACAGUCCUUGACACUCAGAUAGAAAAACUGCGACUCAAGUCUCUCAAGCAGAUUGGAGAAGCAACAGCAAGGAUGAGAAAUGAAGCUACUGAUGUGAAAGCCACUCUGACAGAAAUUGAGGACUGGUUGGAUAAAUUACUGCAACUCAGUGAAGAGCCACAGAACAGUAUGCCUGAUGUAAUCAUAUGGAUGAUCCGAGGGGAGAAAAGACUGGCCUAUGCUCGUGUUCCUGCACACCAAGUGCUGUAUUCCACAACGAGCCCUGAAUCAUCUGGUAAAUAUUGUGGAAAGACCCAAACAAUCUUUUUAAAGUACCCACAGGACAAGACGAAAGAUGUCAAAAUGCCUGCAGAGUUGCGAAUUAACAUUUGGCUUGGGCUCAGUGCAGUGGAAAAGAAGUUUAAUAGCUUUGCAGAGGGAACAUUCAGUGUUUUUGCUGAAAUGUAUGAAAAUCAAGCUUUCCUUUUUGGAAAGUGGGGUACCUCAGGACUUGUUGGUCGCCACAAGUUUUCUGAUGUCACAGGAAAAAUCAAACUGAAAAAAGAGUACUUUUUACCCCCAAAGGGCUGGGAGUGGGAAGGAGAAUGGAUGAUUGAUCCUGAAAGAAGUUUGCUGACUGAAGCUGAUGCUGGUCAUACUGAGUUUACUGACGAGGUAUAUGAAAAUGAGAGUCGCUAUCCUGGAGGGGAAUGGAAAGCAUCUGAAGAGAGUUACACAGAUGUGAACGGAGAAAAAAUUCCACCCCCACGUGAGUUCACAUGUCCUCUGGGAUGGAUGUGGGAAGAUGAUGCUUGGAAAUCUGAUCUAAAUCGAGCAGUGGAUGAGCAUGGAUGGGAAUAUGGAAUUACUAUUCCUCCAGACACUAAGCCCAAGUCAUGGGUUGCUGCAGAAAAAAUGUACCACACACAUCGACGACGAAGAUUGGUGCGGAGACGUAGGAGGGAUUUACCUGAAGCAGUAACAGCAGGGAGGGGAAUGUCAUCAUAUGAAGAUCAAGAAGGAUGGGAAUAUGCUUCCUUGAUUGGCUGGAAAUUUCACUGGAAACAACGCAGUUCUGAUACUUUCCGUCGAAGACGAUGGAGACGAAAAAUGGCUCCCUCAGAGACACACGGUGCUGCAGCUAUCUUUAAACUUGAAGGUGCUUUGGGAGCAGACACCAGUGUUGAUGAUGGAGAAGGAAAGAGUUCUGACAAAACCAAAGACUCAGCUACAAAGGUGUUUGGUGCCAAUACACCUCUUGUUUCCUGCCACUUUGACAGAGUAUAUACUUACCACCUUCGCUGUUACGUCUACCAGGCAAGAAACCUCAUGGCUUUAGACAAAGACAGUUUUUCAGAUCCGUAUGCUCACGUUUCUUUCCUCCAUCAAAGCAAAACAACUGAGAUCAUUCAUUCAACUCUAAAUCCUACAUGGGACCAAACUCUCAUAUUUAAUGAAAUUGAGAUCUACGGGGACCCACAGACAGUAGCUCAAAACCCACCUAAAGUUGUUAUUGAACUUUUUGACAGUGACCAAGUAGGUAAAGAUGAAUUCCUUGGAAGAAGUUGUUCCCCCAUGGUCAAGUUAAUCCCAGAAGAGGACAUCACACCAAAACUACUCUGGUAUCCUGUAACAAUAAUGGCAAAGCUAGUGGAGGACAUUCUUUUUGCUGCAGCUAUUUUGAGAGACAAGGGUGGUGCCAACCUUCCAAUUCUUCCAUCACAAAGAGCACCAACUUACAUGGUACCUCAAGGAAUCAGACCAGUAGUUCAACUCACUGCUGUUGAGGGUAUGAUUCUGGCUUGGGGGUUGCGAAACAUGAAAAACUACCAACUGGCACCUGUUAUGUCUCCGAGUCUCAUUGUGGAAUGUGGGGGUGAAAUGGUGGAAUCUGUGGUGAUCAAAAACCUCAAAAAGACACCGAAUUUUCCAUCUUCUGUUCUCUUCAUGAAAGUUCUUUUGCCAAAAGAGGAGUUAUACAGUCCAUCUCUUGUUAUUAAAGUAAUAGACCACAGACCAUUUGGACGGAAGCCCAUCGUGGGACAAUGUACUAUUGAUUUACUGGAAAGCUUUCGCUGUGACCCCUACACCACUAAAGAGGACAUUGCACCACAACUGAAAGUUAGUCUGCUCUCUGCUGCACCUCGCCAGGAUACAGUAAUUGAUAUGGAAGACACACAGCCACUGCUAACAGCUCAGCUUACAGAGAAGGAGGAAGAAAUUGUUGAUUGGUGGAGCAAAUUUUAUGCUUCAAUAGGAGAACAUGAAAAAUGUGGACAGUAUAUUAAAAAAGGAUAUGACACUUUAAAGGUGUAUGACUGUGAAUUGGAAAAAGUACCUGAAUUUAAUAACUUGACAGACUUCUGUGAUACAUUUAAACUAUACAGAGGCAAAUCUGAGGACAAUGACGAUCCAUCAGUGGUUGGGGAGUUCAAGGUAAAUUUCAAAUGGGAUCCUUUAAAUCUAUGCACUGCUGACGAUCCCACUAUUCCAGCUCCUCCCCGCCAGUUCCGGGAGCUGCCAGACAGGCCUCAGGAGUGUAUUGUGAGAAUUUAUAUUGUUCGAGCUCUGCAGCUUCAACCCCAGGAUAAUAACGGGCUGUGUGAUCCUUAUAUAAAAAUAUCUCUAAGUAAAAAAGUAAUUGAAGACAGAGAUAAUUAUGUGCCUAAUACUCUCAACCCAAUUUUUGGCAGAAUGUAUGAACUCAGCUGCUUCUUGCCUCAGGAAAAGGAUCUGAAAAUUUCAGUCUAUGACUAUGAUGCAUUGACUCGUGAUGAAAAAGUGGGUGAAACCAUAAUUGAUCUUGAGAACAGAUUUCUUUCUCGUUAUGGAUCUCACUGUGGCAUCCCACAGCAGUAUUGGAUUUCAGGUGUGAAUACCUGGCGUGAUCAACUAAAACCCACCAAGUUAUUGCAAAUGUAGCCAGAUUUAAAGGGCUAUGCUCCUCCUGUGGUCUCUAACAAUGGUAGAAAAAUUAACUAUGGGGGACAAGAGUAUACUUUGGAGGAAGCUGAAGCUAACAUUCUGCAUCAGCAUCUUGGCCCAGGUGAAGAGCGGCUAGCCUUUAUCCUCAGAACACAGGGAUUGGUACCUGAACAUGUGGAGACAGGAACCUUAUAUAGCACCUUCCAGCCCAACAUCUCCCAGGGAAAGCUCCAGAUGUGGGUUGAUGUUUUCCCAAAAAGCUUAGGACCACCAGGCCCUCCGUUCAACAUCACUCCCCGAAAAGCCAAGAAGUAUAUCUUGCGGGUGAUUGUCUGGAACACCAAAGAUGUCCUUCUGGAUGAAAAGAGCAUCACAGGGGAAGAAAUGAGUGACAUUAUGUGAAAGGGUAGGAACACUCUAUGGAUGCCUGGUAAUGAAGAAAAUAAGCAGAAAACUGAUGUUCACUACCGAUCAUUGGAUGGUGAAGGGAUUAACUGGAGAUUUGUUUUUCCUUUUGACUAUCUCCCAGCAGAGCAACUCUGUGUAGUUUCCAAAAAAGUAAGAACAUUUUGGAGUCUUGACAAGACAGAAUUCAGAAUCCCACCCAAACUGAUCAUUCAAAUAUGGGAUAAUGACAAAUUCUCCUUGGAUGACUAUCUGGGCUUUGUGGAACUUGAUUUACAAACAAUCAUUCCAGCAAAAGUUCCAGAAAAGUGUGAUAUAGACAUGAUUCCAGAAUACAAGGCAGACAGUUCUCAGAAAGCUAGGACCGCCUCUCUCUUUGAACAAUCCAUGAAAGGAUGGUGGCCAUGUUAUGUUGAAAAGGGCUCCCGUAUUUUAGCGGGCAAAGUUGAAAUGACACUGGAAGUUGUCAAUGAAAAAGAAGCUGAAGAAAGGCCAGCUGGUAAAGGAAGAGAUGAACCCAACAUGAACCCCAACUAGAUCUAACCAAACCGACCAGAUACUUCCUUCCUCUGGUUUACAAAUCCCUGCAAGACAAUGAAAUUUAUGUGUGGCGCAGGUUUUAAAUGGCUCUUUAUCGGCCUUAUCAUCUUGCUGAUUCUACUCUUGUUUGCAGCAGUGCUCCUCUAUUCACUGCCGAAUUAUUUGUCAAUGAAGAUCGUGAAACCAAUUUAAAGAAGAGUUUUUUACCUCAUCUUUUUAAAUAGUAGAGUUUUCACCUCAGGCUGUGGACCAAAAUCAAGCUCCUCCAUCCUUUGUACCUGCUUGUAUUUAGAACUGUAAAAUAGAUAAUUAAGACUUUCAAUAGGGUUAGCCAAGAUUCAAGAGGUCAUUAAAGAUGUUUUUAAGAACCAAGAGUAAUCCCCCCCUUACAUUUCAUGGGACAUUUUUUACUUCAGUGAUAUCUACAAGUGGUGAAGUUCUACUUCUUUGCUUUUAAACUGGUUUUUCACAAAAGUCACUUAGGAGGCUGCCUGCUGUUGCUGUGUCUGUUUUUAAUGGAUAUUCUCUUUGAGAAUUCCUUUCAUUUCUUUGCAUUUUAACUAAAGAAAAACAACCACUACAUAUAAUUACCUGUACCAGAGAAACAUCACAGUGCAAUCAAAGGGUCAGACAUUGCUUCUAGAAAAGUUUUCAGCAUCAUGCUGCUUAAAUUCUUAGUUACUACACUGUAGAUUUGACAACGCUAUAUGUGUAUCUUGACAACAACUUCAUGUGCAUAGAAAUAAAUAAUAUACGCUUUAUUUACUAUAAUUUACAUAUUUUAAAUAAAGUUAUCCACAAGUAAAA